CUGUACCCCAUUUACAGUUUAUACUUCAAUGUAUCAGGUGGAGUUAUUCACCAGCUAUAGAGUGAGUUGUUGUUUAUGUUUCUAAGACUGCAGGGUGGGAGAUGCAACAAUGGCCUUGAGAACAGCAGGAAGUGUGUUGGUGGUCUUUCUCUGGUCUGUAGCAGUGGUACUGGGUCAAUAUGGCUGGAGUGUUACAUACACCACUCAGAGUAUCUGUACCUUGAAAGGGUCAACAGUGGAGAUGUCCUGCACUUACACAUAUCCCAGUGGUACAGUCACAACAACCUUCUGGUUCCUAAAAAAUAAUGCUGAGGGGAAUCCUGUUAGUCUGAGUGGUGAGCCAGACUACAAAGGUCGUGUGAUGUACCAUAGAGAUAAGAAGAAUGGCCACACCCUGACAAUCACAAACCUGAGAGAGAGUGACUCAGCUACGUACAAGUUCAGAUUUAUAACAGACCAGACCGGAGGGAGAUAUACUGGCAGUCCUGGAGUCACUCUGUCUGUUACAGACCUGCAGGUGAAGGUGACUCCUUAUUCACGGAUGUCAACAUGGAAGAGACUGACCUGUAGCACCACCAGCUGUCCUCUGACUGGUAACCCCACCUACAUCUGGUACAAGAACGGACAGGUUGUAACUGAGAACACUUUACCCUACUCAGUCUACCCUAAUGCUGUAGACAGCUACUUCUGUGCUGUAAAAGACCAUGAGGAUCUUCACUCUCCUGCAGUGUGUGUUCAGGGUCAGAGCUGCUACAGAGUGACUUACACCAAGAGGAGAAUCUGUGCCCUGAAGGGGUCAACUGUGGACAUAUCCUGUACUUAUGUUGGUUUUUAUAACACCACAUCAUCAUUCUGGUUUAGAAGUGAUAAGUCGACCCCUGAAGACCUAACCACAGAACCAGGGUAUGCAGGUCGUGUGGUGUACACUGGAACAUACAGAGGUCCCUUCACCCUGAGAAUCACAGAUCUGAGAGAGGAGGACUCAGCUGAGUAUCGCUUCACUUUUAAAACAUACAACUUUGACUGGGGUCAUAGUUUCCCAGGAACAACUCUGACUGUCACAGACCUGCAGGUGAAUUUGACUCCUGGCACAGUGACAGAAGGAUCAUGGGUUACACUGACAUGUAGCACCACCUGUACUCUAACUGAAAUCCCCAACCCCACCUACAUCUGGUACAUGAACGGAGAAUAUCUAUUUUCUGACUCCUCUUCCCAGUAUCAAUACUCAGUCAGUAGAGGAGGUUCUGACAGCUACUCCUGUGCCUUAAGAGGCCAUGACAAACUCAGCUCUCCUGAAGUCACAGUGGAUACUUCUUCUCUGAGCUGCUUAAGGGUGACCUACACCAGUAGAAGCAUUUGUUCCUUGAUACCAUCCGUGGACCUGCCUUGCACUGCCAUAUAUCCCACAGACCUGCAGGUGAAGGUGACUCCUGACACAAAGGCAUGGAAGAGGACACUGACCUGUAGCACCACCUGUACUCUGACUGACAACCCCACCUACAUCUGGGACAGGAACGGACAGUCUCUUGCUUGGCUCACUUCCCAACAACACUCUGUCUGGAGUUCUGAAACAGAGAGUUACUCCUGUGCUGUUAAAGGCCAUGAGGAUCUCCGCUCUCCUGCAGUGUGUGUUCAGGGUCACAACUGCUGGAGGGUGACUUACACCAAGAGGAGAAUCUGUGUCUUGAAGGGCUCCACAGUGAACAUAUCCUGCUCUUACACUCAUCCCACUAGUUAUAUAGAACAAGGUUCAUUCUGGUUUACACAGAAACACCCUGUAGAUGUCAGGUCAUAUCCAGAGUCUGCAGGUCGUGUGGAGUACAAUAGGAACACAGAGAACCACCACACCAUGACAAUAACACACCUGACAGAGAAGGACUCGGCUGAAUACAAAUUCAGAUUACUAACGACAGAUGAGGGGAGAUUUUCUGGCCUUCCUGGUGUGAUGUUGACUGUCACAGAUAUCCUGUUGGAGAUGGAUCCUACGUCUGUGUCAGAGGGGGAGAGAGUCACACUGAGAUGUAGAACCAAAUGUACAGUCGGUCUCAACCCCACCUACAUCUGGUACAAGAACGGACAAAGUCUGACCAACCCAGUCACCAGUUAUAACAGCCUGAUCCUAGACCCAGUUACCAGUUAUAACAGACUGAUCCUAGACCCAGUCAGCAGUGAGGAUGCAGGGAACUACUCCUGUGCUGUAGAAGGCCUAGAGAGAAUCCUCUCUCCAGAAGAGACUCUCACUGUCAGAUGGAAACAAAUAUCAGUUCUGACUGCAGCUGUAGGAAUCAUUGUUGUUGUUCUGGUUCUCAUCCUCUGUCUCUCUGGACUCAUGUGGUUCAGGAAGAAGAACUCCACAUCCACCUCCAACACAAGAGACACAGCAGAUGAUGGACAGGGAGACACUAGUCCAGUGAAUGACAAUGUCUCAAACAUGGCCAUGACCCCUACUGCAGCACAGACAGAGUACACAUACGACCAGGAUGAUGUUCACUACGCCAGCGUCCACUUCUCUCACUCCAAAAACCAGGAAGUGCCUCUGUACUCCACCGUCCAGCUGCAUCAACCACAGAAACAGGACCAAGAUGACCAAUACGCUGCUGUGAAAUUCAAACUCCCCAGUUCUGCCACCCAGUGA